AUGGCCGACGAAGUUUACGAAGGUGCCAUCGGCAUUGAUCUUGGAACCACCUACUCCUGUGUGGCCAACUAUGAGGGUACCAAUGUUGAGAUCAUUGCCAACGAGCAGGGUAGCUACACUACCCCAUCCUUCGUUUCUUUCACCGACAAGGAACGCUUGAUCGGUGAGGCCGCGAAGAACCAGGCCGCUAUGAACCCUAAGAACACCAUCUUUGACAUCAAGCGUCUUAUCGGUCGGCGGUUCGAAGAUCCCAUCGUUAAGAAGGAUGUUGAGUCAUGGCCCUUCAAGGUUGUUGAUCAGGGUGGAAACCCUGUGGUUGAGGUCGAGUACCUUGGCGAAACCAAGACUUUCAGUCCUCAAGAAAUCUCUUCUAUGGUUCUCAUGAAGAUGAAAGAGGUCGCGGAAACCAAACUCGGAAAGAAGGUCGAGAAGGCAGUCAUCACCGUGCCCGCUUAUUUCAACGACAACCAGCGCCAGGCUACUAAGGAUGCUGGUGCCAUUGCUGGUCUCAACGUGCUCCGUAUCAUCAACGAGCCCACUGCAGCAGCAAUUGCUUAUGGCCUUGGCUCCGGCAAGUCUGAUAAGGAGCGUAACGUUCUUAUCUACGAUCUUGGUGGUGGUACUUUCGAUGUGUCUCUCCUUAACAUCCAAGGUGGUGUCUUCACUGUUAAGGCUACUGCCGGAGAUACCCACCUUGGUGGACAAGACUUUGAUACCAACCUCCUGGACCACUUCAAGAAGGAGUUCCAGCGCAAGACUGGCAAGGACCUCUCUGGAGACGCGAGAGCCCUCCGUCGCCUCAGAACCGCUUGCGAGCGUGCUAAGCGUACUUUGUCCAACGCUACCCAGACUACUGUGGAAAUCGACUCUUUGUUCGAUGGCGAGGACUUCAAUUCCUCCAUCACCCGUGCUCGCUUUGAAGAUCUGAAUGCCAAGUCUUUCUCCGGUACUCUCGAGCCAGUGCAGCAGGUUCUCAAGGAUUCUGGCCUUGAGAAGAGCCAGGUCGAUGAGAUCGUGCUCGUUGGUGGUUCCACCCGUAUCCCUCGUAUCCAGAAGCUGCUCAGCGAUUUCUUCGAUGGCAAGAAGCUUGAAAAGAGCAUCAACCCCGAUGAAGCCGUUGCCUAUGGUGCCGCCGUUCAGGCUGGUAUCUUGUCUGGAAAGGCUUCUUCGGCUGAAACCCAGGAUCUUCUUCUGCUUGAUGUCGUUCCCCUGUCUCUCGGUGUUGCUAUGGAGGGUAACAUCUUCGCUCCUGUUGUGGCCCGUGGUCAGACUGUGCCUACGAUCAAGAAGCGCACUUUCACCACCGUCGUCGAUAACCAGACCACGGUGCAGUUCCCCGUCUACCAGGGUGAGCGUACCAACUGUGCUGAUAACACCUCUCUGGGCGAGUUCACCCUCGCUCCCAUCCCCCCUAUGAGGGCUGGAGAGGCCGCACUUGAGGUCGUUUUCGAAGUUGAUGUCAACGGUAUCCUCAAGGUUACUGCUACCGAGAAGUCUUCUGGACGCAGUGCCAACAUCACCAUCUCCAAUGCCGUCGGCAAGCUUUCCACCACUGAGAUUGAGCAGAUGAUCGAUGACGCUGCGAAGUUCAAGUCCAGCGAUGAGGCUUUCACCAAGAAGUUCGAGUCUCGCCAACAGCUCGAGUCCUACAUCUCGCGUGUUGAGGAAAUCGUCUCCGACCCUACCAUGUCGCUGAAGCUGAAGCGUGGCAACAAGGAGAAGAUCGAAUCGGCACUCAGCGAUGCUAUGGCCCAGCUUGAGAUUGAAGAUUCGACUCCCGAAGAUCUUAAGAAGAAGGAGCUUGCUCUUAAGAGACUCAUUACUAAGGCCAUGGCCACUCGGUAA